GCGUUCCUCCCUGUUACACCUGAUAAGGUUUUGAGGUUAUGUCAUAAUAUGAAAGCAUGAAAGUGUCAUUAAAAAAUAUUUUAGUUACAUUUAGAUCAAUGAAUUAUCUGGAUCUCAAUAAUUGUAUUUAAUUCAUAACUAUGUCGUCUCAAAACAAUAGCAACGCAAACCAUGCAAGUACUUCAGGCAUUUCGACUGCUCUAUCCGAAAUUGCGAAUAAUUCCCAUGCAAAAACGAAUUCUGCAUCAACAACGAGACUGACUUCGUUUCUUGCUCCACGAGAUUUAACCUUAGGUGCAAAUUCCGUGAAGACUGAAAAAUCUAAGAAGAUUUACACUCCCAACUUGAAUGCCCAACGAAAAAAGAAAGAAGAUGAACCCACAGUCGCCCAGAAAAAUUCGAAAGGACCAAAAAAUAAACACAAAGGAAAAGGUCAUGAUCGAGGAAAUAAGCACAAAUCAAAUUUAAUUCAGUCUUCCGGAGUAUUUUCUGAAGGUUUGUCUGAAGUUGGAGGUUCUAGAUCCAGAAACUAUGUUGGAUAUCGAGAUUCGAACGACAGAUCUACACCAAAAGAGGCACUUCAAAGGACAAAAUUAAAUGCAGGCCACCAUGUCGACAAAGAAGAAGAGGAACAGAAAUUAAAAAUUCUGCUCAGGGAUGAUUUUGUUGAAGAAGAUAAUAACGUUGAUUAUGAAAAUUGUCCAAUUGUGCUUCCAAUGAUUAAAGAAGGAAAAUUAUUCAAAGUGGAGCCUGAUGUAAAAAUUGAAUCUGAGGUGAAAAUCAAAGUUGAACAAGAAGAAGAAGAAGAAGGAAAAGUGAAGACCGAAAUAAUUAAGAAUGCUAAAAAAAAGCCACACGAGAAAGGUCAAUUCCAGAACAGUGCGGAAUUGGACAAGAAAUAUGCACUCAACGUCUCUCAAAGCCUGGAAAAUAAAACAGAUGGCUAUUUCCUAUUUCGUUUCCCAGAUGUUUUGCCUGGAGCGCCAACUGAAAGCGAAGAAGACCAAACGAGACCAAAUAAAAAUGCGGAACCGAACGUUCCAAGUGAAAAAGUAAAAACAGAGGAACAACCUUUAUUGGAUAAUUUGAAAGAAGGUUUGCUUGGAAAGCUACAAAUUUUGAAAUCUGGAACUGCGAGGUUGUGUUUAGGAGACCACAAUCUUGUCGUUGAACUUGGACCUCGAGUCUUUUUUCGCGAGGACGUCGUGGCCGCAAAACUUGAUAAAGAGGACCAAACAGGUGAACUCGUAAACCUGGGAGUGGUGCACACUAAUUUAAUUUGUACUCCCAAUUGGGAAAGUUUGACGUAGUUUAAUAAAUUCUUUGGCGAUUAUCGAAGUUGGUAAUUUACAUGGGCGGCGACUUGCGAUUUAGUGGACUAUGGAUUUUUUAAAAUUCUAACAUCCUCCCGACUUACCGGUACCGGAUAAAUAGUGUUACGGACGGGGUGAAAACCUGGAAAUACUGGAAUUGUCAUCCCAUAAUUUUAGUUCAAACUGCAUCUGUUUGGUUUAACAUUAAUUUCUUGUCUAAAAAUGUAACUUCAAUUUUUAGUUGAGAAAUUACCUCUGUUAAUGGAAACUUCGUCUUUUGUUAGAAAUUAAUCUUCUUGGUCAUAAUUUUGUGCGAAAAAGUAACUAUUUUAAAAAAAAUUUUUUGAAAACUGUUUUUUUUUAACGCUAGCUUGACGUCCUGGGGUGCAAAUCACCCCAGUGUUUCAAGUAAGAUUGAGUUUGUGAAAUCGGAAUGAAUAUUUUUCUACUAUAUUUUGACAUCGGAGUGAAUAAUAAAGUGAAUAAAUUGUGUUAUAUCUAA